GUCUCGAAUGUCCAUAGUCGCUUCCCGUAGGUCUCUAUCUGACAUCGUUUACGGAAAUCAUGUCUGAAAUGAAACCAUCUUUACCUUUUUGUGCUUUUGUAUUUUUAUUCUUUUGCUGUAUGUCAUGGAAGCAUUCAUUAAUAGGUAUGAGCACCGUGUAUCUGUGGACUGGACGAACUGUUCUACUGUUGUGCUUCCUCACCAUCGCUGGCCAUCUGUAUCCACGAGCCAAAGCCUUUCUUUUCCCACCACGAGCAGAACCAGGGCCAGAGGAGGAUGCACAUAGUAGACAAAGAAGAGAAACUGCAAGACUUGAACAGCAGGCAGAGUUGAAUCAGAAGUCAUCCCACUACCAAGAGAACAUUCUAAAGCCAAGGGAGGAAGGAAAGCAGAAGAAGAAAACGGAGAACCAUUACCGGUUGACUGGACAGAGCUGGAUGCUGACUGAGGGCCAAGGACUUGGGGAAGGAGAGCAGUAUGAGCAGGAGGAAGAGGAGGAUGAGAAUGAGACGGCUCAACAGAGGGCCGUACGAAGGAGAAGGCUGCCCGCCAUGGACCACCGCCCAGAGCCUGUUCCACAAGACCCACCACUGACCAAACGAGUUAUUGUUUUACCCGAUGAACCAUCAGUGGAUACAGAGGGGGUUGUCAAUGUGGCAUUAAGAUGUCCAAGUGGCAGAACAGUUUACAGGAGAUUUCUGCAGUCCCACCCAUCCUCCACUCUUGUGGACUGGAUGUUCAAGAGUGGGUACCAUCCGGCCAUAUACGAGGUAUUCAUGGCCUACCCUCGAAGAAGACCAAUCCCCGCGGACCCACAACAGACACUGGCUGACGUUGGCAUUGUACGGAACACUAUGCUUCAGGUGGACGAGAGAGACCCAUCCACAACAUGAGGAGGAAGGAUGCCAAAGAAGAUGCAGAAGAAGGGCAUCAAGAAAGCUUCCUCUACAUACAGGGGUUGGACAAAAUAACUGAGACACCUGUCAUUUUAGUGUGGGAAGUUUCAUGGCUCAAGUGGACCAGGCUGUUGGCCAAUAUUCAUUAAUGGCGCAUUGCACCAGUGAAGUGAAGUGUGAAGGUUCGAUUAGUAGGGUAAGAGCAGAAUUUUGCUCAACAUUUUGCAAUGCACACAACAUUAUGGGUGACAUGUCAGAGUUCAAAAAGGAGACAUUCUUGGUGUGCAUGUAACUGUUGCAUCUUUGACCAAGACAGCAAGUCUUUGUGAUGUAUCAAGAGCUACGGUAUCCAAGGUAAUGUCUGCAUACCCCUAAAAAGGAUGAUCCACAUCCAACAGGAUUAACUGUGGAUGCAAAAUGACAGAUGCAAAAUGGCUGUGGAUGCAAAAUGACAGGUGUUUCCAUUAUUUGGUCCAACCCCAUGUGGAGGGACAUCCAGCUCUCCCGAUACACUAUACCUUCUACUUGGCUUCAUAAAAUUGUAUUUUUUGUGUUCAGGUGCCACUGAUGGUGAUUGAUUUCUAAUCCCCGUUUCAGGGGACAGAUAUACUUACAGUAUGCAGUGUAUGCAAUUACCUAUAUGCACAAUAUUUCUUUAACACCAUUAAACAGAAAUGUGAUUAAAAGAUAACUCAAGGCAAUCAUUGAAACAUAACACUUUCAUACUCAAGUUAUCUGCUGUUGGGAGCUUUAGAUCUAUCAAUACCCAAGUCAGUUCUUUGUGCCAUAGAAGAAAUAUUGCAACACAUUUAAGGAUGAUCUGUUAUAGGAGAGUAUGGACAUAAUUUUUCAUUUUGCAAGAUAAUUCAAAUAACAAGGGGGGAAAAAACUUAAUUGAUUUUCUCAGUUUUACUCUGAGACAUGGGACUCCGUGAUUGAAAUCCGACUUUCAUCAAUUCAGAUUUUCAGUAGGUACCGGUGGAUGCUCAGCUGCUAAGAUCCUCAGGUGUUUUCUGCUUUGUGUAGUUUGCUGCAUUCAACUUAUUUCUAUGAAUAAAUGUUUGUAUUCCUUCUUGA